UGCUCGAUACAUGGUUGUCACAAAUUAUCAAAUAUAUUUAUAAUUGUAUUGUGUUUACGAUCGAAGCAUUUGUGCUUACUGCAUAAUAGAUUGGGAGAUACAGAUUUUUCGAAUUUAAUGUGCUAGUGAAUUUCUACCGGAAUACUCGCGAAACAUGACGAGUGCCGUAAUAACGGAUGUACAGCAACCCGAUUAUCCCAAGUAUCGAAGACAGGACAGACUGGAGUUGACUCCAGAGGAGAUAGUCGCCUUACGUCAAUGCAUGAAGAACUCGAGUACUCUCGCGCCGACAAUCAUCUUUGCAACCAUAGGAUAUGGAAUAUGUAGGAUGACUCCAUUUCGCGCAAAUGCUAAAUACGUCGCACUAGCCACUGGCGUAGUAGGUUUGGUGACAAGUAGAAUAGGCGCUGCUAAAUUGUGUCUAACAAAAGUCGCUUCCAUGCCAAACAGUACUCUUCGAGACAGAAUGAAGGAAUUGGAUUAUUUUGGAAAUAUUGCUCAUAGAGAGACACUCCAUUAUCAAGGCCCUCAAUCAAAAGUCCAAAACCCAACAGAACCAUCUACAGAAAUAGUGUUUGAUGAUUACCCACCAAUGAAUUCAUACGAUACGUAUUCCAGUAUCAAUCCAGACAACAGCGAUUUCAACAUCUCCGAGGACACGGAUUUGUCCGAACCGAUAAAUAGGCAAAAAGACGUCAGUUAUGAAGAGCUAAGGCAUCAAAAUAGAGAUGAGUUUUAUAAGAAAAAUAAGCAGUGGUAUGUUCCCAGAACAAAAGAACCUCCAGUAACGAAAGAGACGAGCGAACAGGUUCCCACAACUAGCAGCUGGUCACCAAUGCAAGAGAAAACUAAAUACGGUGACGUGUGGGGUUGAAAUUUAAUUUCGUUGGAGCAUAGUUUGUUGAUCUCCGCGUAUUAUACAUAUUAUACAUGUAUAUAUAGAUCGCACUGCAAAUGUAAUAAGAAAGUUGAAUUUUGCUAAAUAUAUGAAUAAAAU